AUUGAACCGAAAAAAAUAAUGGAGUAAAUAAUGUCUGAAAAAGGUAUUUUGAGAAGAAAUACAAAAGGUACAAAAGCUCAAGAUAUGUACUCUUGGUCAGAAGAAGCUUUUGAAGAGAUGGAUAGUACAUUAGCAGUUCAACAGUAUAUACAACAAGUUAUACGAAGAGAUUGUUCUCGAAUUGAAGAAAUACUAGAACCUCCUGAAGGUCAGGAUGAGGGUGUAUGGAAGUAUGAACAUUUAAGGCAGUUUUGCUUGGAAUUUGAUGGUCUAGCAGUCAAAUUACAGCAAGAGUGUAAACCUGACACGUGUACACAAAUGACAGCAACUGAACAAUGGAUCUUUUUGUGUGCUGCUCAUAAAACGCCAAACGAGUGUCCUGCUGUAGAUUAUACGCGUCACACGUUGGACGGAGCCGCAUCGUUAUUAAAUAGCAAUAAAUACUUUCCGAGCAGAGUUAGCAUUAAAGACUCUUCUGUUUCAAAACUUGGAUCCGUUUGCCGCAGAGUAUACAGAGUAUUCUCUCACGCUUAUUUUCACCAUCCUUUGUUAUUUCGACAAUUUGAAAACGAAACUCAUUUAUGUAAACGGUUCACUCGUUUUGUUACAAAAUAUGAUCUAAUGUCACGUGACAAUCUUAUUGUACCAAUCUCAGAAGAAGAGGGCGAAGAAGAAUUAUCUAUGCUUCAAAGAGACCAUAACAGUGAUGAAGUUGAUGAAUCUUAUUCGUGAAAAUGUACUUCUAACUAAAAAUUCACAUUAGUGCUGUUUUUUUUCAAUAAAUUUUUUGUUAUGUC